AUGGUCGGCCACCGGUUUUCGAGGCAUACCUACCUUGUGGUUUUGGUUGUUGUGAUAUUCAUCCUAUUUCGAGGCUUUCCCCAGUCAUUUGGCGUGACUUCGUCCCACCGAGCGAGGCGAGUCCGGUUUGUCCCGUCCAGUUUCAACUGGACAGAGGCCAACCUUCACUUUCCGCCAGGCAAAAUCACCGCUCUGCCCGAAGGGAACGUGAAGAAACUACCUCGCGUCCAAUAUGAAUUUAAAUAUCCGUCAAGAGAGCAAGGCAAGAUCAAUGCUGACCGCAGGGACGCGGUCAAACGAGCCUUCCUGCGCUCAUGGAAUGCAUACAAGCAUGAGGCUUGGCUGUGGGAUGAGUUGAAGCCUGUGUCAGGUGGAGGCAAGAACACCUUCGGGUAUUUACUCCCAAGACUCAAGCCCUCGUACCAGCCGCCUCUUUGGAUCUUCGGUCUGUACGAGGACUUCUAUGAGGCUGCCGAGGCCGCAACACGGCUCGACUGGGCUAAAACCGAACAAACCAGUGCAAACAUGUUCGAGACAACCAUUCGUUACCUCGGCGGCCUGCUCAGUGCACACGAUCUCAGCGGGGAGCUCGCGCUGCUCGAGAAGGCCCGGGAGCUCGGCGAUAUGUUGUACAUGGGAUUUGAUACACCAAAUCGCCUUCCAGGUUUCUGGCUCAACUUCGAGGAGGCAUUGAAUGGUCGGUUGCUUGCGGGCACAAAUGACCCCAGCGCCUCGCCCUCAUCCCUCAGCCUCGAAUUUACGAGACUGGCCCAGCUCACGGGUAAUGACAAAUAUUAUGACGCUAUCGACCGAGUGCGACAGUUCCUCGUCCGCAGUCAGGACCACACAAGACUGCCCGGAAUGUGGCCGACCACGCUGGACUUCCGCCACGAAGCAGCGAACGGGGAUACCUUCACCCUCGGCGCACUCGCCGACUCACUUUACGAGUAUCUCCCCAAAAUGCACAUCCUGACAGGUGGUUUGGAACGUUCGUACGAACUCAUGUACAGGAAAGCCAUUGACACAGCUACCCAACACAUCAUCUUCCGCCCCAUGCUCCCGGACCAAGUGGAUGUCCUCUUCGCAGGUGACGCAACAGUAGCCGGAAACGGCCAGGUCCAACGCAACCCCGAAACCCAGCAUCUUGCUUGUUUCGCGGGAGGCAUGUACAUUCUCGGGGGCAAGAUCUUUGAUUUAAACGAUCAUGUCGAGAUCGGGAUGCGAAUUGCGCGUGGGUGUGCCUGGGCCUAUAGCGCGUUUCCUACGGGUCUCAUGCCCGAGAUAUUUGGUCUGCUAUCGUGUCCAUCAAAGGAGCCCUGUCAGUGGGACGAGAAGCUCUGGGACGAGGAGGGCGAUCAGUCGUUGAACAUCAAAGGAAUCCAGCAUGCCCGUGACAGGAGGUACGUCCUGCGACCCGAGGCUAUCGAGAGCAUUUUCUAUGCGUACAGAGUCACAGGGCGGGAGGAGCUUCGCGAUAUAGCGUGGGAAAUGUUCCAGAGCAUUGUCAACGCGACUGAGACGCCAAUUGCGUACUCGGCCAUCUCUGACGUGACGGCUCACGGAGAUACGGAUAAGAUGGACUCUAUGGAAAGCUUCUGGACAUCUGAGACGCUUAAGUAUUUCUACUUAAUUUUCUCGCCCCCGGAUGUUGUUAGUCUAGACGACUACGUGCUCAAUACGGAGGCGCAUCUUUUGAGACGCCCGAAUUGA